CUCUGGGGAAAAGUGGGGCGCGCCUUUUUGCGCGUGAUCUCUGAACGCCAAUACGCUCGUUUCCCAGUGGGUGAUUCUGGUUUUGCAUUGGACGUAAUACGGAAAGAGAUGCAGAAGAACUGGGCUCCCAGAAAGACUCAAACUGAUCCUGUUGAAAUGAUUGCCCCAAUUUUAGCCUUACACACUUUUCGCGAGCGCUUAUACGGCACAGAUCUGAUUUUGCUGAUUGACUCCGAAGCUAGACGACCUCUCUACAGGAGAGAAAGUAGGCUGGAAAACCGUUCAGGCAUGUUGGCCGGGCGAGCUCGUAAGUUCCGAUAG